GUCCAUUUGACCCUCAGACGCCGGAGAAUCCAUUUGCCGUCAUUUGCUAAGCUGCUGAAAGUUGUGUAACAGGGAAAACAAAAGGACACCGACCCCGGGAGGACUCGUUCAUUUGCGUUGUAUAGAGGGUCUGUCCUCAUACGUCCGCCCCCGAAAUCUUUUGUUUGAUCUACCAUUCGAUAAAAAUGUUUUCCCUGUCGACGUCGUUUCAGCCACAGCAGAUGAUAGUGCCCCUCAGCCAGCUCAUCAAUGCCCUCCACUCUCUGAAGAACUCCGCCACAGCUUCAGUCCAGACCCUGCACAAAGACUUCCCUCCAGAGCACAGUUCAUAUCUCAAAGAGCCCACUGUAAGUCUGAGGGAGCUUGGCCUGUCGGAGAUCAGGGUGAGCCAGCUGGAUGAGCUGGUCAGCAGGUUGCUGCCUGUACCAGGACCAGAGGAACCUCCCGCUGUUCCUUCGACAUGGAGGACGAGUCACGUUUCUGCAGACAACUUCUUUCACAACAAGCAUGGGUUUUCACACAGAAGAUUGGGGGUUUUUGGCUCCCCAAUAUUCCACAGACAAUACCACAGUCCUCUAAAAGAAGUUUGCUCACAACUACAAUUCUUGCCUGUAUGGGUCCAGAGUCGGGGUUUCAAGACACUUCGAUCAAAGCCCAGACGAAUGGAGUCUGGUUAUGAUGGUCCAGUGGAGUCUGAGGCCUACACGCCAGCAUUUAUGAAGGGGCUGCUCCUGAGGGAGAAGGGACCAGAGUCGCAGUCGCUGGACCAAGUGAUAAAACAAAGGAACCUUCCUGAAAACCAGCAGGAUGCUUUCAAGACGGGUUUCACUGAGGGGUUCAUGAGGUCCCAGGCCUUUACUCAGAGAACACAAGACUCGCUGAGGAGAACCAGGUUGAUCCUGUUGGUCCUCCUACUUGUCGGUAUUUAUGGCCUAUCGAGAACCCCGUUUCUCUCGGGUAAAGGCUCCUUUUCUGAUGCUGUGAGGUUCCGCACCACAUCUGGUCUUGACUCAGCAGUCGACCCCGUCCAGAUGAAGAAUGUGACAUUUGAGCACGUCAAAGGAGUGGAGGAGGCAAAGAAUGAAUUACAAGAUGUUGUCGAGUUUCUCAAGAACCCACAGAAGUUUACUGUUCUGGGUGGAAAACUGCCUAAAGGGAUCCUCCUUGUUGGUCCACCAGGCACGGGAAAGACUCUGUUAGCACGAGCCGUGGCUGGGGAGGCUGAUGUGCCUUUCUACUACGCCUCCGGAUCAGAGUUUGAUGAGAUGUUUGUGGGUGUCGGUGCAGGCCGCAUCAGGAACCUUUUCAAGGAGGCAAAAGCUAAUGCUCCCUGUGUCAUCUUCAUCGAUGAGUUGGACAGUGUUGGAGGGAAGAGGAUUGAGUCUCCUAUGCAUCCUUACUCCAGACAAACCAUUAACCAGCUGCUGGCUGAAAUGGACGGUUUUAAACCAAAUGAAGGAGUCAUUGUUAUUGGUGCUACAAACUUUGCUGAGGCUCUGGAUAACGCUCUGGUAAGGCCAGGGAGGUUUGACAUGCAGGUGACGGUACCUCGCCCAGAUGUGAAAGGACGCACUGAAAUUCUCAACUGGUACCUUUCCAAGAUUAAAAUGGACCCUGCCGUGGAUGCAGAGAUUAUUGCCCGGGGCACAGUGGGAUUCUCUGGUGCAGAGCUCGAGAACCUGGUCAACCAGGCAGCCCUGAAGGCAGCCGUGGACGGGAAAGAGAUGGUCACAAUGAAGGAGCUGGAGUUCUCUAAGGACAAGAUCCUCAUGGGCCCUGAGAGGAAGAGCGUUGAAAUCGACAAGAAGAAUAAGACCAUCACUGCCUACCAUGAGUCCGGCCAUGCCAUUGUUGCCUAUUACACCAAAGAUGCGAUGCCCAUCAAUAAGGCCACUAUCAUGCCUAGAGGACCAACUCUUGGCCACGUUUCCAUGCUCCCAGAGAAUGACCGCUGGAGUGAAACAAGAGCCCAGCUGCUGGCUCAGAUGGAUGUCAGUAUGGGCGGUCGAGUUGCAGAGGAGCUCAUCUUUGGAGAUGACUACAUUACCACUGGAGCCUCCAGUGACUUUGAUGGUGCAACCAAAAUAGCAAAAAUGAUGGUGACCAGGUUUGGCAUGAGUGACAAGCUCGGUGUCAUGACCUAUGGUGACACAACCAAACAGAGCCCCGAGACACAAGCAGCCAUCGAACAGGAAGUCAGGGUUUUACUGAAGGACUCGUAUGAACGUGCUAAAAACAUCCUCAAGACAUACAGUAAUGAGCAUAAGAAGCUAGCUGAUGCCCUGCUAAGAUACGAAACUCUGGAUGCCAAAGAGAUCCAGAUGGUGCUGGAGGGCAAAUCACUGGACCACUAGAUACCUCAGUAAACAUUUUAGACUCUUGUAACAUGUAUAUAUGAAACUGUGCAAUUGAGCACAGGCCUUUUGGAGGCCUUGUAUUACAUUUGUUUGUAACCCUCUUAUAAUCAGUGUGAAGAUUACGCUGACAUUUUUGUUUCAUCCCUUAUGUUAAUUUUCAUUUGUUUUUGACAAUUCCUGUAGAGAAGACUUUCAGUUUCACAGCAAUUUUAAAGCGCCCACAGUUAGAUUGGAUGAAAAUAAAUAUAUGUUCUACACAAGUUUGUCCACUACUAUUUGCAAAGAUGUUUGAGAUUUCACUAAGGAUUUGUUGUCCUUCACUGUCAAGGCAAAUGACUUCUAUGGUAGUUUUAUACAUCAGAUUCAUAUUUGGUAUCAAGUAAGGUUCUAAGGCAAAUAAAUUGGACACAGAUCACGGCUAAUUAGGAUGAAAACUAUUAAUUUCAUGUAUGUGUCUAUGUCUCAUUUUGAAUUUGUACAGACUGGUGAACACCAUAGGACCUUAAAGCACCUCAAUUUAGAAUGUACCAUUUGGCUGUAGCAAGGUACAGGUGAUAACCCUGUUCAUAGUUGAACUCUUCAUAUUAAGAGUUCUUUCUCUGAAAUAUGUAUUUCAGUUGCAUUUACAAUAUGCUGUCUAUGUUCUUAUUUAUUAAAGUGCCCAAAGGUCCCCUUUUUCUGAAAUUAGUGAUAGGCCCUCAUGUCCUAUUUGUAGCUCGACUGUACCUGAUAAAUGAGGGGGACUGUGUAUAUAUUGUAAGAGUGAAAAGGGACUGGAUUUGUGCUUCUGUUUGUUCUUUUAGACAAAGGCCUUCUUGAAGCCCAAAUAAAUGUUUCUCUUAAUCAUGAA